AUGUCCUUCUACGCCUCGCCGGGUGUUCUUGUGCCCGUACAGAAGGUGCCACGUGUCGGCACGGUUGGCGAAGACAAAGAUCCAAACAAUCCCACCGUAGAAUUCAAUGGCACAGGCCAUAUGGGAGUCAGUUCGUUGGAUCGAGUCAUUAUGUCGCUUAGAAGUGGUAUCGAGCUGGAAAUCGCGUAUGCUUUGAGCACACUUUCGUUUUAUACAUGUAAUGAGCCUUCGGUGAUCCUGUUCCAGAAUUAUCCUUACAUCGGAGAAGAGCUCAUUCGUCACUUCAUCAAACCAUACCGGAUGUUUGCCCAAGAUCCCAGCAGUUUGCAGGAUGUAGACUCCACCAUUCUCUCCAGUAGUGUUGAGGCGCUUUUGUCGCUUCGAAAUGCAGUGCAGGACUUGCCCAACCAACAGUGGUUGUGUCAAGUGAGCCAGUUCCGGGAACAGGCGUUGACUGCGCUUCGGUUCUUCAACGGAUGGUUUUACUUAAAUAGCUUUCCUCAAAAUUAUGCGCUGACAGAACGAAAUGACUUGUUCCGUGAGUCCUUGCACUAUUUGUUGGAUAUUCUCGAUGCGUUGACCUGCUUCUACGUCGAGAACCGCCUCAACGAUCCACUCUUCGCCCAGUUCUUGGUGCUGUUCGCCAACACAGAUGAUAAACAUGUGCUCAUGACCACAAUUAAGUGUAUUCACCACCAACUCUUCUUGGGCGGCGCUGACGCGCUUGCUCCUAGGGAUCCUAUGCUUUCCAACGCAGACAACUGUAUAGACGCCAUCAAACCCGAGCAUCUCAAGAAAAUCGUUCCUUUGCUUUUCGUCAACGAUGACGACUUGAAUGCUGUCGUUCUCGGCUUCAUCAAGCAGUACUUAUUCUCGGAAGCUGUCCAUCCAAACUACCAUACUUCUGUGAGCAAAUCCCAGUUUCACCGCUUGCAGCUCUUGACGCAGGCAACAGGCUCCAAGAGCAACUUGAAAGUUCUCUUGAAACAGCUUCCUGAACUCAUCGUGGCCAAAUUGCCUCUCGUAGAUGCCUCCCUCACAAACCAACCUGUUCCCCUUCAGCUUGCUCUGCGUGCUAUCGACACAGUUCCCGCCGUGACGUCACGUCUCCCGCGCAAACUCUACGACAUUAUAAUAACGUUUCCAGAGCCUCUCAGAGCCACCACUUGGCUCAGGUGCUGCUACGAGUCGUUCAAUGCCCCACCCUCUCAACUCCCUGCUGAAUCCAACGAGGCUGUGCCUGGUGAAGUGACGCAGAUAUCGCUCUGGAAAGCAUACGAGAACCAAUUUGAAGCCAUUUGGAAAGACCGCUUGAACCCCAACUGGCCCAACCUUCUUCCCGCCGUUGACUUCAUCAAGAACGUGAGCACUGCGUUCCCAAACUCAGAGGCCAUGGUGGUAAGUGUACCCACAACGGAUCCUACACAGCCAGGUAAGAAGAAGUUCAUUAUUAAGGGAAUUCAGCCUCGUAUACACCCGGUCAACAUUGAUGUGGCUAACUUCGAGGCUUUGACCAGAGGCCCACCCGCCAAUCCAAACCUUAAUGCUGCUUCUACCAGCGUUGGCGAUGUUGACAACUAUGCUUUCGAGAGAGCAUUAAAAAAAUUCACAAAUUCCAUCUUGUACGCUUCAGACGGUUUGCCUGGGCCAGAGGACACUGAGGCGCCAUGGUACUCCCCAAUCAAUGUCUUGAGCAGAGAUAUUCUCGGGAAAAUCGUGGACGAACUUUUGGAACCAGACACGGACGGCGAGUACAAAAAUAUUUUCAGACAGUCCAACAAGGACUGGUUGCCGGAGUUGGUGUUCUACAAUCCCGGCUUGGUGGAAAGAAACUACAUCGACGGCAAAUGGUUGCAAUAUCUUCUCUAG